AUGCUUCCUCUCAUCGCCAAACGUUCAUUCCACGUCACAGCCGCUGCCAAGCUGGCUAAAAUGAGUAUAAUUGGAACCAUCGGUACCGACUUAGUUCCCCAGGAAACCUCAAAUGGAAAAAAAUUUGUAAAGUACUCAGUUGCUGUUAACAACAAGAAUAAGAAUGGAGAACAGGUAACCUCCUGGUUCAACGUUGCUGUGUUCAACGACAAGCAAAUUGACUACAUGACCAAAUACUUGGGAAAAGGUGUCAAGGUCUACGUUGAAGCUGACGCUACCAACACCCCAUACGAAAAAGAAGGAAUCAAGACUUACUCGUUUAUGUUAUUCCAGAAUAACAUCGAAGCUCUGAAGUACCCAAAGAGCCAAGAUGAGUCCUCGUAA